AUGAUAAAGUGUGCAACAGGACGCCUUGUCUCACCGCCAUUCAUCCCUCAAACAAUUACCUCGUCCGCCACAAUUCUCUUAGAAGAAAAUGGCUCCCAUACCCGUCAUUUCCUUCAUGGCUGCAACAAUACGCAAGCCGUCCUCUCUGAAGUCCCUGCGCUCCUGAAGGGCGAAUCCGUCGUUCCCUCGUCUGGCGUUGGUAGCAAUGCCAAAGGUCAAGCGCGAACAGACCCGGCCCUUAUCAUUCUCGGUCCUUUUCCACCACACGAGCUUGACGAGAUCAAAAGCGCUAUCGAGACCGCAAAACCAAUGCCAGUCUUCGUUGCGGAUAUCACCAAACGAUCUCCUGGCCAGCAGGGCCCUCCGAGCAUCGAGAUGGUCCAGCAGAGAAUCAUGGAGAGCAUAAAGGCUGCCGAUCAGGGUGAAGGGAAGUGGGCUCCCGGCGUGCACAUGUUUUGA